AGUCAUGCCACAAGUCCAUCUCCACAUUCUAUAAUUCUGUGUUAUGCUUAAAUAGAUAAUGAUAACAUAACAUUUAACUUUUAUAAAAUCUUAAAACGAUUCAUGUCAAUUGUGUCGCAGUACGACUAAGUUGAAGGUUGUUUCUAGGUUUCGUUCUCAUGUGUAUUCUGUGCUGACCCUGAAAAUUUCAAACUUGUAGUUUACAUCACGAGCAAAUUACAAAACAUUUCAGAAUUUUGAAUAUUGUAAGUAUUGAGAAUUUAAACAGUGCCUAUGAUGGAGUCAGAAUUAAAAAAUCAGAAUGACUUAAUGCAGCAAUUAAAAUCUUUACGUGCCGAAAAAGAAUUAUUAGAAAAACAUGUAUUUGUACUCAAUGAGUGUUUAUCCGUGGAGGAAUUGAAAACUAAAAUAUCUAAUCUAGAAAAAAAGAAAGAGAUGUUAGUAUCAUUAGAAAAUGUAAUUGGAAGAUUACGUUCUGAGAUUGAGCCGCUAAAGUAUUUGAAAUCCAUUUUAAAAACUAAAUUAGGUGAUGAGAAUAAAAUUCAAUCAAAUAAUAUUGGGUCUGAGUUAGUUGAAGGACUUUUGGAAACACGUGCUGAGAUUGAGCCUCUAAAAUAUUUGAAUACUAUAUUGAAAACCAAGUCAGAUGUUGAAAAUAAUAUUCAAUCAAAUAAUAUUGGUUCAGAAUCUUGUAUUGAUAUGGGAUUUUAUGUUCCUAAACUUGAUUUCAAAUUAUGUAAUGAUUCAUCUGUUGAUGUUCAACUAGUACAACAAGAGUCUACAACUUUUAUCCCUCAAAUUGCACAAAACACUCCUACUCAUUCGGGCAAAUAUAAAUUGGAUUUGUACCCAAAGUUAAAUAAUGUUAAUCUCAUUGAUACAUUCCAAACACCAAUACCAUCUAAAUCUAAUUCAGUUUCAACUGUAAAUGAUGGUAGUCUUGAUGAAUGUAUGCAACUGUUGGAUCAAUAUGAUGUAGUUACUGAUCAAGAAAUAUUAAAUUUCCCUACAGAAGAAGUAAGUAUAGUUAUAUAUUUUCUUAACAGUUUGAAAAUUUAAAGUUUAACAUUUUUUUUACAGAAUGAUUUGAAAAGUCAAAGUGUUGACCAAGAGCCUACUAAUAAUAUUAGUAUUGAAAAUAAAAUACAAGAUGCACAAAUAGACACAACAGCAACUUAUCAUUUUGAUGCUGAGGAUAAAAUAAAAUCCAAAAGCCAAGUACCUAUAAAAAAAGAUAUAGAAUUGAGCUCUGUUAAUCCUGCCUCUGUAAUAUUUGAAAAUGCUAGUAGUACACUUCACGAGGCUAGUACAUCUCAACCAACUCAAAACAAAGAGACUUUAUGUUCAGAUUCCAAUGUUAGUAUUGGUGAUUUGUUACUAAAAAUACCACAUUUGUUAUUGCAACAAGGAAUCGAUUAUAUUCAAGAUGAAGAAAACGUGAAUCACUCUUUGAAAAAUGUAAAUGUUAGUACAGACGUAUCAUCAAAAGAGCAUAAUAAAUGCAACAAGAAAAAGGAAUUGAAAACAUUUAAAAAAGAAGUGAAUAAAUUCUUAAAUGACUAUACAAAUUUAUUGCAAAACAGUUCACAAGCAACAGAAAAGAAUAAUGUAUCCACUGAACAAACAGAAUCAGGUCAAUAUGAUGAAUUGCCGCGUAAUGUCGAUAACUCUGAAUGCAGCAUUAAUAGCUUCAAUGAUAUGAAUUUAAAAAUUGAUAUCUUGCGCGGCAUAUAUCUUGGUUUUGUCAAUCCAACUGCUUUACAAAAACGCAUUGUUGUGCACUGCAUAAACGGGCGAGACAUAAUAGUUUUUGCUGGACCGGGUAAUGGUAGAACCAUGAUGUUUACCAUACCAUUACUGCAACGUAUUAAAACCAAUUUAAACGAGUGUCAAGCAUUAGUAUUAGUACCAACCAGAGACCUUGCUGUACAUAUUCAAAAGAUCAUUAUGAGUGUUGGAGACUUUUUGGGUGUUAAUGUGUGUAUUGGUGGUGACAAUGUUCCAAGAAAACUAUCUGUUGUUCCACAUGUAGUCGUUGGUACCCCGGCUGGAGUAUCCAAUAUGAUUUCAUGUAAAUCUCUACGUACUGGAAGCAUUCAAACAGUUGUAAUCAACAGAGCUGAGAAGAUGUUAACUAAUAAUUAUACCAUAUUAAUUGAAGAAAUAAUGAAAAAACUAACAAGGACCAGACAAGUCACUUUACUGACGUCCGAUAAACUUGAUCAUGUAUUAGACAUUUACAUGGAAUCCUUACGUGAUCCACUGGUUAUUAUUAAUGACCAAGAAAAAGAAUACGAUCUGCUAAAAAAUCUUCCAAAACAGUUUUAUUUAAACAUUCAAAAGGAAUGGAAAAUGAAUGCACUUUGUGAAAUUAAUGAAACAUUGAAAAUACAGAGAUCUAUCAUCUUCUGCAACACCUUGGAUAGAGCUCAAAAACUAUGUGAGUCAUUACAAAGAUUGGAAUAUGCAGUAUCACUUUUUCAUUUAGAAAUGAAUGCACAUGACCGCGAGCAAAAACUUGAUAUGUUUUCUUCUAACAAUUUAAAAAUGCUCAUCACUACAGAUCCAAUCAAAGGCAGCCAGUUUCAGCAAGCCGCUUGGAUAAUAAAUUAUGAUUUACCUAUAAAUCCUAUUUGUUAUCUAGAUAGAGUGGCCAAAUGUGCCGAAAAUAUAAAAGUGAUAAAUCUCAUUGAUGAGAAUGACGACCAAACAAAAUUGGCAAUUGAAACACACAACAAAUCUUAUAUGAUUCAGAUGCCUCUGAAUAUGAUUGAUUUGUUACAAUAUUAGACUCGUUUAAUGAUUAUAUUAUUUUUGGAAUUGAGUAGUAUAAUAUUCAUGACUAUGAUAAAUAAUAUAAUAUACAUAUUAUUAUUAUUAUAUUCUACUAUUAAACUAUUCACAAUAUAACUUUUCUAGGAAAUGGGUUUCAUUAUUGUUAUUUUCCAUUAUUUUAUUGUUACUUAAAUUGAAUUUUUAUGGCACUUAAGGGAUGUUUUUAAAGUUGUUUUUAUUUUUAUUUUUUAUAUAAUUUUACUAUUUGUGAUUGAUUUAUGAGUGAUAGAAUAAUAUUAGAAUGUUAUUCAAGAAAUUAUUUUGAAAAUUAAAAUUUAUAUUAUCUUAA